AUGGAUGACACAGAAAGCACAACAACGUCGGCUGAUGAGAACACUGGUAAUUUAUGUGACAAUCCGACAAGAGAUACUCUUGCGGAAGGACUUUUGGGUUUGCUGAAGCCUACAGUCGAUCAGUUGGAUGAACGCGUGAGAUCUACUAGGAUAUCCCAGUUGGAAUUGAAGCAACAAAUAGAUUCAUUGAAUGAAGAAUUAUCAAAGGUGCGAGAAGCACUUAACAACCAUCCAGAUUUGGAUCCGUAUGUUAAGAAACUAAUUGCCUGCAAACAUAAAGUAACAGUUGUUCUCAACAUAUUACAAGCCUCGCAGGAUAGACUAAAUGAAAUAAGGCAAAUGAUAAACAAAGAGAAAAGUGUACGGCCUACUGUUAUUACUGGAGGUCUGCCCCCAGAACCUGAACAAAGUACAAGUGGCAUACUAUCAGAUAGAGGAAGUAUUAAUUAA